GCCAACCUUUCCCGUACUGGAUGCCGCUUUUCUCUCAGGGACAGGCGAGCAGGGGUCAGAGGUCCAGAGGUCACAGCAACAAAAAGUCAGUCAACCUCAACGCGACGCACGCGAAGCUUAUUAGACAGGCAUACAAAUAGUCAACAACACCACCACUGCCAAAUUCCCCACAACUCACAUUCACGCCUCCCCACCAAGCUGGAUUAUCGCCAACUCACGGGCUCCCUAGAUUUGGGUAUCCCCCAGCAUAUCUUCAAGUACCGCCCCCUUACGAUCCAUACCAAAGUGCCUCUUGCGGCUUAGAGCUUGGAGAGCAUGCGAUUAUCAUGAACGGCACUCCUCGUCUGCGGUCGGCGUACCCUUCGACCCCGGGAACGGUCAAUCGAGGAGGAGGGAGUGGAGGAGGACUUGGUAGCAGCAAUGCUAAGAGAAAUGGAAGCCCAGGGGCGAGAAGUUCCCCUCGCCCGCUACGAAGUAUAGACGAAAUCCAAGGCAACCCAGCUCCACCGCCGAGCGAGCCUUUGAUUCCUACGAACCUGAUCGAUGCACCGAGUCAGCGCAUGUAUGCGCUUGCGGUCUAUGGUCUUCUUUUGGUAUACCGGCUGUACGACUGGUGGACGUUGGUGGAGGAGGACACACAUUCCUGGCUUCUGUUUAUGAAGUGGGUGCUGAUUGAUUUUGGGUUCAUUUAUGGAAUUCCCAUGUUGAAAAUACCGUGGCUGGAGUGGUCGGAUUCGACGAAAUUCAUGGCGUGCCUUGUCCAUGCUUGCAUAGAUGGUAUGCUGAUGUUUAGGAUACCAGUUAGUUCCUUUCCCAUAAUCUUUUGGAGAUCACUAACCCUCAUUUCAUAGCUUCCAAUCGAAGGAUGGCUUCUCUUAAUGACCAAAACCCUUUUUGACAGGGAAAUGUCUAUAUCUGAGAAUAGCGUCCGCCCGGCAAGCAUUCUACACAAUGCCUCCUUGAUUAUGGGUAAACAAAUUAUUAACAUCUUGCCAGAGGGGUAUGUUACCUCCAUAUCGAAGAGCCUGCUCAUUCUAACAUAUUAAGUUCGGUGACCAUGAAUCCAGAUCAACUGCCAUUCUGCAUCGGUAGUGGCCAACCCGCAGUCAAGAUUCCAAUGCGAUUCAACCAAACAAGGCCUCAGCACAUUGAACUCCUGCGGUUCGAUUUCUACACGAAUACAAACGAGACUAUCACACUAUCUAGUAAAGAAUUGAGGCACCCGGUACAUCUGGAGGAUGGUGUAAGUUUACUAAAUUACGUCGUCAAGAAACCCGGGCUUUAUCGGUUGCAAAAGGUUGUUGAUAAGACGAAAUUGGAGGUCCAGCGAAGGAUGUCAGAUACCUUGGUUGUGAAAUGUCCAAAAGGAAGUGUAAAAUCUUCUGCAGCCAAUAAAUGCCAAGGCGACCUUUCAGAUCUGACCAUGGAAAUCGAAGGAACGCCACCACUAAAGGUCGUAUAUAGGCGCACUGCCAACUCCGAGCAGAGUAUUCAUCACUUCCAGAGCAUCCAGCCCGAGAACUUUGAAUCUCCUCUACUUGGCUCAACACGUUCCAGUACGUUAGUUGUUCACGGCAGUAAUGAUGUCUCGUGGGGUCAGGCACAUCGAAUUAGUGUCCCCUUGAACGAGUCUAUGAUACCAAGUGGACGCUGGCUAUACUCGAUCGAUGAGAUACACGAUGCAGUAGGAAACGUGGCGAACUUUUCAUCUAGCUCUGAAGAGGGAGAGCACAAUUAUCCCAAGGGUGUCCAUCUGGAACAGGAAUUUAUAGUCCAUGAUCGCCCGAUUGCGCGUUUCACUGGCUGCGAUUCCCAGCACCCUUUAAAGGUUGCUAGUGGCAGAGCUGCACCACUUCCGGUACAAUAUAAUCCCCAAGGCCGAGCCCCUGAUGACAUCUCGCAUACCCUUUCAUGGAAAUUCUCUCCUCUGGAUACUCUGACCAAAAAUGGGGAUCAUGGAGAAAAGAUUGUGGAGGAGGAGCACCUAGCGAGAACUUUGAAUGACCGCCCAAAAAUUCGAGUGCCAGGAUUGUACACUUUGUCUGGAGUGAAGAGCAAAUUCUGCGAUGGUGAAGUACAAGAGCCUGCUUCAUGUUUGCUCCUUAAUCCUCCAGAACCACAGCUAUCGAUAUCUUCGGAAAACAUCAACGACAAAUGUGCUGGAAAGCCAAUUGGGCUGUUGGUUGAUCUCGAUCUCAUCGGUACACCACCUUUCAUGGUCACAUAUGAGAUCACAAGCAGGAGUGGAACAGAAUCAAAGUCUGUUAGAAUCAACGGUCUACGACAUCAAUUGGAACUUAAACCCAGAGACGCUGGUCAUUUCGCAUACCACUUCAUUUCUAUCGAUGAUGCAGUUUACAAGGGACAAUCGUUGGCUGGCAACGAAUUGACAUUGGAGCAGGAUGUCAAGCCACCAGCCUCUGCAGCAUUGAGAGUUGCGACCAAAAAUAUUGAUGCAUGUAUUGAAGAACCAGUACAGAUGGACGUUGAUCUAUUUGGAGAGAAACCUUUCACGCUGGAUUGGGAACUUGUUCAUCAUGGGAAACGUGAGAGAUUUAAGCAAAGUAACAUUGAAGAGGAUACAUUCAAGAUAGCAACGGCUGCAUUGCUUAGUGGCGGUGAAUACACCUUAGCGCUUACAAGUGUUCAAGACAAGACAGGGUGCAAGAUUUUCUUGAACAAUGCUAUCAAAUUCAAUGUUCGACAACAACGACCCAAAGCAGCAUUUGGCCAAAUCGAAGGCAGGUACAAGACUGUCGAGGUCGAGGGUAAAUCAGUCAAAGUACCUCUUCGCCUUUCUGGGCAAGCUCCAUGGACCAUUACGUACCGAAAUGUUAACGAUGCUGAUGAAAGACAUUAUACCAAAAUUGCUAAAUCGACUAACGAUUUCAUAUCCGUUGACAAGAAUGGCAUCUUCGAACUUCUCGAUGUUAGAGAUGAGCAAUGUCCAGGAACGGUUGAGCGUAAAGCCUCCACCUUUCAGAUUGAUUGGGUGGCUAGACCACAAAUCAGGGUUGCAGAUACAGCAGUGCUUGUCCCUGAUGGGAAUAAAUGGCUCAAACGUGAGGUUUGUGAAGGCGACAUUGAUGCGGUGGAGGUGCAUCUUACAGGUAAGCUAUUUUGCCAUUUUGGAAUGUCGGCAGGACUAACUAAAUCUUAGGCACGCCACCAUACAACGUAAAAUACCAAGUACGCCAUAAACCCACUCAAGGUUCUGGCUCUAUCAGCAACAAGGAAUUCGACGCCGCUCUUGGUCUAGCAACAAUUUCGAUGGAAACAGGCAAGGCCGGAAUCUACGAAUAUAAAUUUUCUGAUCUUUCCGACGGAUUAUACGAUCAUGAUUCAAAAAAAUUUACCCCUCUUGGUCUGGUGCAGAAAGUCAAUGGCAAGCCAUCGGCACACUUCGUCAAACCCGGCCAGUCAUACAAAUAUUGCAAGGACGAGAUAGAUGGAAGCGAGAUCAUCCCAAUACGCUUGGAAGGCGUCCCGCCAUUUCAACUUGAAAUCGAUAUCAAACAUCAGAGUAGUUCUCGACCCGAGACCGUCAAGAUUGCCAAUAUCGAAUCAAACCAGUAUAAUUUUAGAAUGCCGGAUGCCGCACGUUCACUCGGCAUCCAUCAAGUCAGUGUUCGAAAAAUUCGAGACUCAAGAGGCUGCCAACAGAAAACAGAAUAUGGGGCACCUCAUGUGCAGGUACAGGUCUAUGACGUUCCUUCUCUUUAUCCUCGCGACUCGCGUCAAGACUAUUGUGUUGGCGAGCGAAUCUCAUACACUCUUUCUGGAUCCGCACCCUUUGAGAUCUUCUACACAUUCGAAGGCGUGGAAAGAAGAGCGAAAUCCCCCACCACGGUCUUCAAACGUAUCGCCGAGAAGCCCGGCAACUUUACUAUCACCGGCGUCUCAGACAAAGCCAGCGAAUGCAAAGCCCGAACCAAAGUCUCCAAAUACAUCCACCAGAUGCCCAGUGUUCGAAUCAGCCAGGGCAAACAGGUGGAAGUCGACAUCCACGAAGGCGGCGAAGCCGAGAUCCUCUUCGAGUUCUGGGGCACCCCACCAUUUGAAUUUACGUACACACGUAGUACGAAUGCGCGAAAGGGCCACAAAUCGCAGGUUCUGGAGACCAGACGCGAAGUCUCAUAUGAGCAUAGUAAGACGGUUCAGUCGUCGCAGGAGGGGACUUACGAGGUGGUUGCUAUCAAGGAUAAAUACUGCUCCUUCUCGACGCAGAAGGCGGAUGCGGGGACGCGGCAGAAACUUUUGCAAUUCUAGUCUAGUUUUUGGUUGGAAUACAAGAGUGGAAUGGAAAAUUUAGGGAUAUUGUGUAUUUGGUCAUCUCAUAGCGCGGCGUUUGUGAGGGGGGGUUGCCUUUUAUUUCUUUUGUGUACUGAACUGAUUGUAUGGUGUACUGUACGUAUAUCUGAUGUGAUGUGCUUCUUCUACGGUUAAUGGAUGAGGGGAGAUGGGACGGGGAACUAAAAAUGAAAAAUCUUAGAUAGAUCAGGUGGGGCAAUGCCU